AAAGCGAGAGAGUUUCAUUUAUUAUUUUUGAUGAUGUGGUGGCUCUAGUGAUGGAAGGGAGCCCUAUAUAUGAAAGGACCAGCAGCUAUAUUUCACUUCCUGUCUGGCAUCUUCCAUUUCUCGUCCUGUGCCACUGUAUCAUUCCAUGCUACCACACGUGAUGCCUAUGGAAGAUCCCAAAGCAAAUGACUCGACUAACCAAAACAAGCCGCUCCCAGUUCAGAACUCGGUACCUGAGAAGCCAAGUUCGGUUGGAAGACUAUUCCAAGAACAUUACCCACCUGGUUUUCACAGAAAGGUGAUUGCGGAAGCCAUAGCCACUUACAUGCUAGUCUUUGUGACUUGCGGAUCCGCUGCCUUGAGUGUGAGCGACGAGCGGAUAGUGUCGAAGCUCGGGGCGUCAGUCGCAGGAGGGCUGAUAGUUACGGUGAUGAUCUACGCAGUCGGGCACAUCUCUGGGGCCCACAUGAACCCUGCCGUCACUCUGGCUUUUGCCGCCGCGCGGCACUUCCCGUGGAAGCAGGUACCGCUGUAUGCAGCCGCACAGCUGACAGGGGGGAUUUCUGCUGGAUUUACGCUACGGGUACUUCUUGACCCGAUAAAACAUGUUGGAACCACAGCACCUUCCGGGUCAGACGCCCAUGCCCUGAUCAUGGAGAUUGUGGUGACCUUCUCCAUGAUGUUUGUAGCUUCGGCUGUCGCGACUGAUACUAAAGCGGUAGGAGAGCUUGCUGGAAUAGCAGUUGGUUCUACAGUCUGCAUAAGUUCUAUCUUGGCAGGGCCGAUAUCAGGAGGAUCUAUGAACCCAGCAAGGACAAUCGGACCUGCAGUCGCGAGUUCAUACUACAAGGGCCUCUGGGUUUACGUGGUUGGUCCAGUGACAGGAACGCUUACUGGGGCAUGGGCUUACAAUCUCAUCCGUGAGAACGAUGAUAAAACGGUCCACGAUGAAAUUGCACCAUCAGUCUGGUACAAACUCCGACGAGCAAGGAGCAAUGAUCUCAAACGCGCUAAUGAUGAGAGCACUUAAUUUGUGUUUCACUUAACGAAUGGAUGCACUGGUCUUUCAAGAGUUUGUGAUCUUUACUAUAACUAGACGAAAACUCGCGUGUUACGCGGAAAAUGUUUCUGACUUUCUCAAUUAAAAUGAUUAUGUUAUAAUAUUAUAUGGGAUAAAGACAAAAAUGGUCCUACAAGUUUGGCCUUCGCUCAGUUUUGGUCCUAUAAGUUCCAAAAAUGUCGAAUUAGUCCUAGACGUUUGAUUCGUUAGAUGUUUUUGGCCCGUUCCGUAACCGGUCAAAUGAAAUUACUGAUGUGAACUUCACAACGUUAAGUUUAUCCACGUGGCAAUUUAUUAUCAGUUGAAAAAAUAAAAAAUUAAAAAAAUUACAAGAAAAAAGGAAACCCGGCCCGUGGCUAGGGUGUCGCCGGGGGUAAGGGGGCCCUUCCGGUGACCCCUCCACCCCGACGAGGUCGCCGGAGACUCCUUGGCCCCCCACGGGCUGGGCUUUCCCUUUUUUUGUUUUUUUUUAGCCAAUUAUACAUUGUCACGUGGAUAAACUUAAUGUUGUGAAAUUCAUGUCAGUAAUUCCAUUUGAUCGGUUACGGAACGACUAAAAACAUCUAACGGAUCAAACGUACAUGACUGAUUCGACACUUUCGAAACAUAUAGGAUCAAAACAAACUGAAGGACAAACUUAUAUGACCAUUUUUGU